GUCCCACACACUGUUGCCGGUGAGAGCUACUAAUCCCCAGCGUUCAUGGUUUCCUCUGAGCCCGUAUUUAAUUCCUCUAAACCCCCAGCUGCCGCCCUGGUUACUCACUGAGCACGACAGACUGUGAACCGCGCUGGUUAUUAAUAAUUCACCAGCCAGCCCUCCGCUCCGCUUCUCCGGCCGCGGCCGCAGGACACCCCGCGUUCUCGCUGGUGCGUUUGUGCAGCCACGCAGUGUAUCACUUUUAGCAUUUGACUACUUAAAUUUGGCUGCACGGGCUCUCACGCGGGGAUACACAAAAUUCUGCUCCUUGUUACUGCGUUCAGCCUAGAGUCCCAGCGUUGCCCACCAAGUCCCGCUAUAGUCUCUGAUCCAACUCUGAUGUCUGUUUGCUGUUGCGACAUCCGUGCUGCCACAUGGUGAGUUUUGUUUUAGGCGCCGCUCUCUCCGCAACUUUCUCUGAACGCUGAGGAGCAGGUGGAGGAGGACCGAGGAGGACUUGCAGCUUCUUUUCAGCAAAGCCCGAACGUGCAAAAGACAAGUCGUCGUCCCCUCAGCAGAAGCAACAGCUGAUCUGGUGAGCGCGUAAGCAGAGUGCAGGCUACUUACUGUCGGUGCUCAGUCAGACUGCUGCUCUGUCACUCGGGCUCAGACGUAAGUGUGUCGGUGGCGCACAGCGCGGCGACUCGGUGGACAUUACGGUACCGGGGCAGAUCGGCGAGAGAGCGGACGCUUUUCAUGGAAAUACCACGAGCGGAAAGCGAACACAAACACCUUGAAUGAAGAAGCCGGGAAGCAGACGACUUGGAUUAAAUGGUUCUAUCGUCCUUUGCUCUGACUAAUAGCUGACUACAAAUUACAAGAAAAAUGUUUACCGGGCACCAGGCUGUGCAUUAGGGCUCUUUUGCUUCCGGUAUAAGGCCAGGUCGAACAAGAAAUCGAGCUGUUUUCUCUCUCCCACACACUUUUUUUGGAAGCCGAACUUUUGAGAGUGGAAAAUGGGUCUUUGAGAGUGUUGGCAAAAUUCCCUACACCACAAUGGCAACCGAAACCUUUCUGUUGAAUGAAGAACCCUCCAGAGGUCCUGGGAUGCCUGAAUGCUUUGUAGUAUCAGAUUCAUACAGGGAUGAAUUUCAUCCCUUCAUUGAGGCCCUCCUCCCCCAUGUCCGUGCCUUCUCCUACACCUGGUUUAACCUGCAGGCCCGUAAGCGCAAGUACUUCAAGAAGCACGAGAAGAGGAUGACCAAGGACGAAGAGCGCGCAGUCAAGGACGAGCUGCUAGGGGAGAAGCCAGAGAUCAAGCAGAAGUGGGCCUCACGUCUGCUGGCCAAGCUCCGCAAGGACAUCCGGCCCGAGUUCCGUGAGGACUUUGUGCUCACCAUCACGGGGAAGAAGCCCCCCUGCUGCGUGCUGUCCAACCCCGACCAGAAGGGCAAGAUCCGUCGCAUUGACUGCCUCCGCCAGGCCGACAAGGUGUGGCGGCUGGAUCUGGUGAUGGUCAUCCUCUUCAAGGGCAGCCCCCUGGAGAGCACGGACGGAGAGCGGCUGGUGAAGUCGCCCCAGUGCUCCAACCAUGGGCUGUGUGUCCAGCCGCACCACAUUGGAGUGACAGUCAAGGAGCUGGACCUCUACCUGGCCUACUUUGUCCACACACCAGAACAAUCAGGACAAUCAGACAACUCAAAUCAGCAAGGAGAAACAGACGUCAAGCCCCCACCAAAUGGACACUUGAGUUUCCAGGACUGCUUUGUGACUUCAGGGGUGUGGAACGUAGCCGAGCUGGUCCGAGUGUCACAGACCCCAGUGGCUACUGCGACUGGGCCUAAUUUCUCUCUGGCUGAGCUGGACAGUCCUGGCUACUACAACAUCAACCAGGUGACCCUGGGACGGCGCUCCAUUACAUCCACCCCUUCCACCAGCUCCAACAAGCGCAAAUCUAUUGACGACAGUGAGAUGGAGAGCCCGGUGGAUGAUGUCUUCUACUCAGGCCGUUCCCCUGCAGCUGGCAGCAGCUCUCAAUCCAGCGGUUGGCCCAAUGAUGUGGAUGCAGUGCAGCACCAUUUGGCCAGUGUGCAGGAGAGGAAGAUUAAGCAUGAGAGCGAUGGAGUGCAGUUUCCUUACCAUGGACUCUCACCGCCUGGUUCUCUUAAGAAGCCGGGGAAAUUCGAUUUCAGCGCCCUGUCCUCCCAGACGAGGUCCCCCCGCAUGGCGUUCACCCACCACCCACUGCCAAUGCUGGCGGGAGUGAGACCAGGGAGCCCCCGUGCUUCAGCCUCAGCUCUGCACUUCCCAUCUCCCUCCAUUAUCCAGCAGUCUAGCCCCUACUUCACCCACCCAACCAUCCGCUAUCACCACCAUCCUGGCCAGGACCCCCUGAAGGAGUUUGUGCAGUUUGUCUGUGCUGAUGGCUCAGGGCAGGCCGCUGGACAGCAUACUCCACGCCAGGCGCCACAGCUCCCAACAGGUUUGUCGGCAUCGGAUCACGGGACAACAACUUUCUGAACAUCCCGCAACAGACACAGUCUUGGUUCCUCUGACAAGAUCUGUGUAAAAACCAGCAACUAGAAUUCUUUCUUUACAAUUGGAAAUAGAAAAACCCUGCAGGAUAAUAAUUGUCCUCCAACCAACCGACCAACCAGCCCCGACAGUACUUCUGACCUGAUACAAAGUACAACCCAGUAACACAGGAAAUUUACAGCAGCAUGAUGCUUUUAGACUCUGGACUUGUUCACCCAGUCAGAGGGAGGAACCUUUUUAAGCAAAAGUGGGAUGAAUGGAAAGAAGACUGGAUGGACGUAAGGAUGCCAGGAUAGAGAGGGGUUAAGAGGACGAACAGCAGCAAGCAAGGCAUCUCUUCUGGAAACCGCCAAACCAGCAGCCGUGCAUGAGGAGCCUGAGGACGAAGAAGACGCAUUGUGUAACAAAUGGCUAUGAAAAUCAACUGUCCAAACAAACACACACAACCAGGUCCCCUACCAAAAAAAUGACUUGACCAGUGUUUUUAUCCCUCUGUAUCACCACUGAUUGUACACAGGCCUGUGUUACCCAACUCCUAAUGAGAGAGAGACCAUGCCAAAACAUCUGGAUUAAGGGUUGCACUACAAGCUGAAUCAAUUAACACUAAUUUUAAUGAUGUGCACUAUUUACCUGCGGAGCAUGGGAGGUAAACCCAACUUGCCUAUUAAGAAUUUUAAAGAGGUAAAACCAAGGUACAAGGAGCCUUUGCGCGUCCCCGGCCCCUCAUUGUUAGGUUCGAUCAAAUCACUGGCCCCCACUCAUUCUCCCCACGCAAAACAUCCUCACUAGAAUCUGUGCCAUGACCACAGUACGUACAACUAAAAAUACAUCCAUGCAGUUGCCCAGUCUCACAUUUUAGUAUUUAUAGGUGGUGGUGUUAUGUUUUUGAUUUUAUAUGCACAUAGAGUAGGCCCCGUGUACUCUCUACCUGUUUGAUUAGAUCCAAACCAGCAUAGUUGUCAUGUGUGUACAUCAUUCUCAUGACAAUAGAGAGCAGCUAUUGGUUUCCCCCCUUUUUUUGCCCUCUUUUAAUGUAGGUGAAUGAUUUUGUUAUCUCUUCCGUGUUGUCUGAUUUGAAUUUAUUCCUUUUGGAUUUAUACUAUUUUAUAAUUGUUUUGUAUUUGAAUGACAGCACCUUAUAGUGAAACAUGGUGGGAGACAUAUGUUGAUGCGACAUAGACAGGGUGGUUGGCAAAACCCAAAUCAGCAAAAUGCUUUCAGAGUUCGACUUUGACGGGACUGCGAGAGACGAGACCUUUGAUACCGCUCUGAUGUCUGUACAGUAAAUAUGCUAAAAAAUAAGCUAACAUGAGAAGAGUUUAGUAGUUUCAGGGGGUAUUAGUAGCAGUGGUCUGGUCGUUUUGAAUUAGUUAAACAGUACAUUAACAGUUAAAAGUCAAUUUUGUAAUUGCUUAACCCGAAACUCAGCUGGAAAAGAAUCAGAUGGCUUGAAAAUAAAUUUGAGUGGUUAAGGUUAGGGGAAGCUAUUGGCCAAGCCCCUUUACAAAAGGCCUGCCUUCCUCAAAAAGGUUUAGUCGGCAUGUUUACCGUACAAACAUGAGACUGGGAUUCAUUCAUUUCUCAUCAAUACAGAGUAUUUUCCAAAUGUCAGACUUUAACGUGAUUCAUUUGCCACAUUCUGCACUGCAGGACCACACAAUGCCGGAUUUUGACAAUCACUGAAAGCGCAUGUCUUCAGAGAACCUGCAUUAAUCGUACGAAGCGUUGAAAACGACCUGCAUCUUCUGUCCGACCCAGGUCUGGCCAGUGUCUGCUGGGGGGGGGCAUAUGAGUGAAGGAGUGACGUUUUUGCUGAAGAUGGGACCCAGAGUAAAGAGAGAGAAUAGCUCUUUUUUCUGUCUCCCUAAAGUUUACCCAGUUGUUUACACUCCCAGACAGGCUGCUGCUCCAAGAGCAGAGGGAGCCUUAAUGCGGAGCAAAAUGAAUAUGUGACAUAUCUGGCUGUUUUUGUUUGUUUUGUUUUGGGUUUUCUUUUUGAGCAGGAAUGAGGGCCUCUAAGGCAAGUAGUCGGAGGAUUACAUCAUCGGUUGCUAUUUUAAUCCCUCUAACACACACACCAGCAUUACCCCUUUCCUAUUGCAAAUUAAUGAGCCCUUAAUGAUCAAAACUGCACUAAAACAAUCAUACCAGCCAACCUUAUGAGAGUUUCUUUAGUUCUAUUAGUUUGUUUCUUCAUGAGUAGCUAGACCACCACUUAUUAUUCCAAAACAGUGGGCGUAUCAACUGGGAUGGGAAGACACUCGUAGAGCACAGGUCACUAUUGUUAAACAAAGAGACCUAUAAAGACCACUCGCUAUUAGCCCAAACACAUCUCCUGUGCCCAAUUCAAAUCAAAGGGAAGUCUUAUGAACAGACAAUCUGAGGAGGCUGUUAUGCUUUUAAUCAUUUCACAUUUGUUCUGACCGUUUCGGUUAUUGUCCCAGGAAGAAAAAAUAAAAACAGCUCAAUUAUAUUCACCCAUCCAACCUCACAAAAUAACUGGACUGCCUGGCCAUGUUCUUCACUGCAGGGAAACACAACACACAACUGACUGGCAACCAUCUCAUCAGCUUGAUAGAAAGAACUAGCUCCGCUGAGUGUGAUAUUAACGAUGGCUAAGGUGAUUUCUUUUUCUAAUCUAUGGAAGUGCCUCUGUAUUCCCAUUAUGCAAUUUGUCAAACAUGAAUUCAGGUUCUUUUUCUCACAUAUAAGCUAUAGUGAAUGGUGAAAAAUUUAUGUCAGGAAAGAAAAACAAAAACAGUGACAGUGACUAGAUAAUCGCAAGCAUCUUUAUAUAUAAUACACAUAUAUAUAUAUUUAUAGAUAUAUAACUUUUUUUAUUUGCAAGAUAAGCUCUGUGGCAGUCUAGUUAUUUUUUGAAGCAUGGCUUACAUCACGCAGUCAUAGGAUGCAUCUAAAUGACAAAAACAACAAAAAAACAGGCUGAUUUGUCUCUGAACUCACGCUCUCGUCGAAUGACCUAAAAGAAAAAAGCGACUCCAUGGCAAACGCAACAAUAGAUACAUUGACAAUGAUGACAAAGUAGUUGAGGAUUUAAACAUUUAAAAAGAAAAACAGAUUGACUUUUGUUGUUUUCUUUCUUGUUUUGAUGGGAAGUAUUGUUUUUAAAAUUAAAUGAUGUAUGUUGAUUGAGCCAUGUGCAAUGCCUUGGUAGAGGAAUUGUGUUUGUUUGUUAGCGAUUGUUUGAGGGUAUGACGCGAUAAAAGGUAAAACCCUCGAUGAAUAUUCUUUUUUUUUUGUUUUGUUUUUUCCUUUGUUUGUUUUCAAGUCCACGUGCUCUGGGACUCUAAACACGAGGGCAACGAGAAACAAAUCCCAGUCUUUGUAAGUAAGUUUGUUUUGUUUUUUUAUUUCUUUUUGUUUGUUAUUUUUUUCUUUAUAUCACUUUAUAUCACUUUUUCACAAGAUUUGUUCUUAAAAUGUGGGAGGGCUGAAGGAACAAUUUUGCAACUCUUAAAAUAUAUAUCAUUAUGAAAACUGGUGCUUUCAUAAAGAAUAAAGUACACUCAAUCUCUAUUAUACAUAAAUAAUAAUAAACAAAAUUAAGUGUUAUCAUAAAAGCAAAUUUUAGGAAAACAUGCAUUAUUCUAUUUUUCUUUUUGUAUUUACGGGGGGGGGGGGUUAAUGUAUGAAAAGGUUGUUGUGACAAAAGGCAUUUUUCUUUCCCCAACCUUUACACCAGAUGGAACAGAUCCUUUCUUUUCUGGACUCGACACUAGUGAGCUUAAUGUGGGACAAAGACAAGAUCUUCCCCAGUUUGAGAGAUGCACAGGCGCGACUUCCUUGUUUAAGAGAUGAAAUGUAGAGCGAUUCCUUAUUUGGUGUAAAUGUCUCGUUGCCCCGGUGACGUCAGAGGGAUGUUGCCAUCAAUUCGAAAAGAACGUGAACCCCACCCUCCCUCCCCAACCUCCCUCUCUCUAUCCCUUCUUGAAUCCCCAUCUACCACUGUAAAUGAUUAUAAAUAUUUGUUUGGUGAUGUAGUGUUUUAGACUCAGAGCAUCUUAAAGGUUGUCCCUAAAAAGUGCCUUUUGUUCACAGAUUCCAUCUUGUAAUCCUGAGUGCCCAUCUCUAAAGAAAAGAAAAGUCCCCUCCUUCAUGCUUCUUUAUCUUUCUCUCCCUCUUCUUUGAGCUUUUAAAAGCAGUAUACAUAGUACUAAAGGAAAAUUGGUGUGAUUUAGUUCCUCUUUUUAUUGUUGAAUAAUUAAGAAAAGCUGAAAAAGAGAUAAAAAAUUCUGUCUUGCUUCUCUUCCUCUGUAUCUUGUCUGUCUAUCUUGGACACUGGAGUAGUCUGUAGCCGCGUAAUUUUUUCCUUCCUUCCUCCCCCUCCCUCCUUUUCUCUUCUCCCUCCUCCCUUUCUUUAAACGGCGGGGUUUAAAAAAAAAGUACAAAAUAACAAAAAAAAAAGGAAAUACGCAAAGAUUUUUGUCUGAGCAGAAUGCAGUUAGCUCACAUGUUAUUCUUGUCUGUACGCUUCACAUUGUAUUACCAUACCCAUCUUCUUCAGCUUCUCCAUUCAACAGCUAUUGUAAGUGAACAAGUUACACCACGGGGCUCUGGGCUGUGCUGAGGACAGGCACCGGGGCGGGGAGACCGUCUCUCCCCGUCCCACCCUGGGAGGGAUCCACAACAAAUCAGUUCUAUGUAAAGGGGUGAAAACACUCACAGAAAACAUUUGUCCUGGACUAAGGUGAGGGAGACGACCGGUCCCAUAGCUAGCAUAGGCCGGUUUGUUUGUAAUUUUAGCUUCUAACUAUUUAUAUUUAUAAUUGAAUUUGGAUUUGCUUUUGGAUUACUUACUGUCAUUGUUAUUGCAAAACUUGGCAGAUCAAGACAUUCGAUGCACCUUUUGUAGUGGUUGAACAAGACCAGCUAUAUAAAAAAAAGCGAAAAUUUACUGGAAGCACCUUAUAAGUGGACCAGCUCCACAGCAGAGGAGACUGAGCGUCUCAGUUUUAGCACAAUCAUUGGAAAUGUUUUGUACUGAUUCGCCAAAGUGAUAUGGAUCUAAAAGCUGUAAAAACCUCUACUAAUAAGAAUCAUAGUUUAAUAUACUUUGGCGACCCCUACAAAGAGCACAUUGAAAUUAAAUUCCUCCAGCAAUGAUAGAUUAAAUAUUUAAUUAAUUUAAUACUAAAGAGACUUAUGCAAUUUUAUUAGUCCCCAUCAAGCAAAUUGUGCCAGCAGCAGUAUUAUAAAUCCAGCCUCGACGAGUGAAAGCACCACAGAAGCCAUAUCAGAGACGAGCAGGUUGCACAGGGCAGAGGGUGUAUGUGAGUGCAAGCGUAUGUGAGUGCAAGCGUGUGUGUGUGUGUGUGCGUGUGUGCGCGCGCGCACGUGCGUGGGUGGGUGCACAAUGCUCUACUGAGGGGAAGGGACACCUUCAGUACCUGCCCCUGCACUGUUCAGGGAGCACAGUCGGACCCUGUGGCUUCUUCUUUCUUUUUCUUAUGUUUGGCUUGAACGUGUUUUUGUAGGACACUGGGCAGUGUUUAGCGAUGUAGCCCCUCGACCACCCCUGAAUAGCCGAAGCCCUCACACAAAUAUUAGUGCUCCUCGCCUGCCCCUCAGAGCAGCCCCUCCUCAGUCACUCCUCCCAGAGCCCAAGGUGAAAUGCAUGUGUUAAUUACAGUUUCUUUUCCAUAAUAAUAAUAAAAACAGUUUGAAAAGAGCAAAACCUUUACUUGAUUGAAUAAAAGGAUGUUCUUGGCUGUA